UUUGCCCUUAAUAAAUUAUUAUCCACUAAGGUGAAAAUUCUUAAAUAAUUAUUUAAUUAAUUUUCAACUAUUUAGUAUACUAAAUAAGCUGCCAAGUGCCACCAAUCUCUUUACCUUGCUUGUUCAUUCACUCCACCAAACCACUCCACACAACAUUAAUUAAUUAUGCUAAACGCAAUAUGUAUCAGAUUAUAGUUUCACGUGUCAAAUAUAUAUAUAUAUACAUAUAUCUAUGUGUGUUGUAAUUUGUAAAAUAUUAGGAAAGAAAUUGAGUAUAGUAGAAUGGCGGAUUGGGGUCCAGUGGUAAUAGCAGUGGUGCUGUUUGUGUUACUAAGUCCAGGGUUGCUGUUUCAAAUGCCUGGAAGAAACAAAGUGGUGGAGUUUGGGAACAUGCAAACCAGUGGUGUGUCUAUUUUGGUCCAUACCAUCCUCUUUUUUGGACUCAUUACCAUCUUUCUUAUUGCCAUCGGUGUGCACAUCAAUACUGGUUAAUUUAUUAAUCACAUUAUAGGUUUCAUUUUUUGUUUGUUUUGGUUUGACAAUGUGUUUUUCUAAUUAUUCUCAUUUCACAUCCUUGUGGGAUAUUUGAUGUGCCUCCUUUAUUAUGUUUAGAUUGGUCUUUGAGAUUUUGGAUUUAGGGUGAUCUUUUUAUUUGUGUUGGAUAAGACCGGAAUGACCUACAUACACUGGUAUCAUAUGAUGUUCUAUGUUUUGAUGUUGUUUUCUUUGCUCAAUUAAAUCAAUAAAUUGCAAAUAGGAUCAUGUUAUGUAUA